AAGAAGAAUCUAAUAAGCGUAUCAGGAGAAGUGCUUUGAGAACAAUUAGCCACUGUAGCGAUCGAUGAAUCUUGUUUGUCAUAUUACAUGACUUUGUUUUGUGUUCAUAGUAGCUACGGUUAAUACGUUUUAUAUUCAGGGAAAAGCCUGGUAUAGGUGCACGUUUAGCUAGCUGCCAAUUUAGCUAACGGUUAGCUCCUUCCAACUACCACAGCUACUUUUAGCAGGCAUUCCAUGUCAACUUUCACGAGGAGAUAUGGAACACCCAUGCAGUAGUUUUGAGGAUUUGGAACGAUAUGUCGUAAAAGACGCUCCACCAACGGUUUACUACAUUCCAGAUUUCAUAACAGAGGAUGAGGAGUCUCAACUAUUACAACAGGUGUAUAAGGCACCAAAAACUAAAUGGACGCAGUUAUCCAACAGAAGGCUCCAGAACUGGGGUGGGCUGCCUCGUCCGAAAGGGAUGCUUGGAGAGAAACUUCCUGAUUGGCUCCUGAAGUACUGCGAGAGAAUAUCUGCUCUUGGUGCAUUUGCUGGGAAGACUGCCAAUCAUGUACUGGUGAAUGAAUAUAAGCCAGGGGAGGGAAUAAUGCCCCAUGAGGACGGGCCUCUGUACCAUCCCACAGUGACGACCAUUAGCCUGGGCUCCCACACAUUGCUGGACUUCUACAGGCCCAUCAGCGCCGAGGAGCUGGAUGAGGUGCCACAGACUGAGGAGAGCCGCUACCUCCUGUCUCUGCUGGUGCGGCCGCGGAGCCUCCUCAUCCUCCAGGACGACAUGUACCAGCGCCUCCUCCACGGCAUCCAGGGGACGCACCACGACUCCCUCACUGAAAGGGUGGCCAACCUGCUCGCUGCUGGUGUCCUGCCAGGUGCCACAUUAACCCGAGGCACCAGGGUGUCCCUCACCGUGCGUCACGUGCCCAUAGUCAUGAGGGCCAAUCUGCUCCUGGGCAGGAAAUGACAAGAGGAAGUGACAUUUGAGGGCUUGGGAAAAAAUUGACACCAUGAUACAGACUGACUUGAUUAUGUCAUUCACUGUCUCGAUCCUCUAUAAAAUGUAUUAAUUAUAAUGCCAAGGAAAAGUUUAAAUGGGAUCCUUGGGAUGUUCCAACUCUUGACGUCAUCCUGUUGAAGUUGAAAUUUCAAACGGGUACGGUUGUUGCAGUGGAUAUAUUACCGCCACACCGGCAGUCAUUUGUCAUGGCUGCAGUAAAGUUCCACAUGACAACGGUCACGGUAAUCUUCUCUGUGAUCUGGACAUCCGUUGGUAGAAGGGCCUAAAAUGUGUAAUUCACUAGCCACGUUGGCAGGUGGUAAUACUCAGGGCUCUACAGUGCGAGCAUUUCAUAAAAAUAGUCAAGUAUGGGCACAAGUGCCAGUUGUGAUUUAUAGCAAAAUAAAUGCCAUUUUGUUUAAUAUCUGGUAAUGCACAAAGAAAUCUGAAUCGUAACGUUAUAGCUAUCCCACCUCGCACAGCAAUGCUGCCUGUCUAGGGGGCUAUGAGCACCAUGUGUGAAGUGCUAAAAGGUUUGUUUUUAGAGGCAAUGCGCACAGGAAUAAAAGUUGGUCUAAUUUACUCAAUUCGACUAAAGUGAGACUGUCCCCGUUUUUCUUGGCUAUUGACAUUGUUUUGUUCACAAACUAGGUUUAUUUUUAAUGUUGGAGUUUGCUUCCUCUGCUAGCAAAAACAGACAUUGUCGGACUCUACUAGUGAGAUUCUCACAGGCACACAUGACUUGAGUGACCCUGUUACCAAGGUAACAGGCAGCAGAAUUUUUUUCUUCUGUUAUUUUGGUUCAAAGAUCACAGAAUAUUAACUCAGUCAAUAUACAACAUGCUUACUAGUAAUACAUUUGUUUUAGAAACAUUACUAAGCAUGCUCAUGUUUUUUUUGUGUAAUUAUGCAAAGCUAUAUUUUGUCUGGUAAAAAAUCUGAGUGGCUAGUAGAUUUAAAAAUAAUAAUAAUUAUACCUGCCACAGUGGCUGGUAUACAGAAAAGUUAGUUUUAGGCCCUGGUUGGUAGUACCCAAAUUGCUAACGACCUUCAGGUCACCAAUGGCCUGGUACUCAGGGCUCUAUUGUCCUUCUAACCACUCUGACAUCAAUGCAAAUGCUAUCGAAAAUCAUAAACACUUAUCUUCAAAACAGUAUUGUGCUUUUAAAACACCUCACUGUGAUGAUCAAUUUGAAGAAAGAAGUUCAACAACAGGUUGGAACUGAGUGGAAAACAUAGGCUCUGAAACAACGACCAAAACAAUGAAAUGGACAGUACUUUCUAAGGUGAUGAUUAAUUCAAAACAUCCAUGCACAUAUUAGAGCUUACGCAUAUGCAAGGCUAAAACAGUUUUUAAAACAAAUUUAAAUGAUUGUGCCGUUAUACAAUAUAUAGCCUACCGCAUAUUAUGCACGGCAGAAAAACAUAAAACAAAACUGAUUUCAGAUGUAAUUGGUCUAGCCUACACUCCAAAAUUAAACAAAUUCUAGUAAUUGCCUUUUGAGUGUGGACUGUAUUAUUAUGCAUACUGGAUGGACUGGUUGCCUUGUGCUACGCUCCAAACGUUGUCUACGAGUCUGGAAGAGAACGUAUAGGCCUAGGCGAUGCUGUUGGUUCAUUGAUUGUGCAGGGCGGCUUAUGGAGUUAGCCUACAAUUAUAGUGAUGUAUUUGAUUUUUGACAAACCUGCAUUCUUUUAUAUUUUCAUAAUUUAUUAGGCUUACACAUGACCUUUUAGCUAUACAGAAUCUCACCAGCUCCUCUCUCCUUCAUUCCUUUCUCGGUCGUGCAGAGAGAGGGGCUGUCAACGGUUGAAUUAAAUGUUUUGUUGUGAAAACAUGUUAGUAUCGAUGUUCCCCAACAGAUUUUACUUGGUUUCCCAAAUUAAGCAAUGGGUUGCUGCAGGAACAGGGUUGGAGAGCCCAUGGCAUACAGAGUUUGGGCGGAAUAUCACCUGUCACACUGCGAGUGCAUGCUCCUCAAGCAGUGAUUGAUGCGUGGAGAGAAGUAAGUGUUCCUAUAAGGCCAGACAUUUCUAUAUGCAACCCCGUGUGAAAGCAACGUUUUUGUGGUUGCCACUAAAAAGAGGAUCCCUGCUGCUACUAUAUUUAUUUCUUAGCUGCUCAUAUUAAGCACAUGCUCUGCUAUAAAACUGAAGUAGCCUACCCAGCAUCAUUGGGGAGAAAAAAUUAACCGGCGGGAAAGUGGCCUCCAUUCACUAUUGGAGUACAAACGGAUGACGUCUUCUUUCCCCUGCCCCUGUUCUUGCCCAUUUCAUAACGGGCCCUUCUUAAAUCAAAACUAGUUUUGCACAUUAAAGAUUAAAUUGAGAAAAGUAUGAUUGGUGAAAAUAUGAUCACUUGAUGAGAGAACAGCUGUGCAGCCAAAGGCAAGGAACAGAGCGCAAGCUUUUUUUGCGACUUUCUCAUCAGUAGCCUGUAGUUGCAUCAUGCAGCUCGUAUAUUUUUGAUUUCUUGGACAUUUUUAAGGGUAGUAUCAUUCACAAUUGUUGCCAAAUUACUCAAUCUAGUGAAUAUGAACUGUUUCAUAUGAUCACUUUUACGCUCAACAUAGCCACUUCAUAAUAGCACUCGCUUCGGAAUGGGAAAAAUCAUAGCACUUGACAGUUUUUGCGACUGCACUUGAAGAAACUUUCAAAGUUCUUGAAAAUUUCCGA